AUGAACAACUCUGCUAUGGAAACAGCUGUCACCUUCUUAGAGGACUUUCCCCGGGACGUACAGCUCAAGAUCAUUUAUGAGGGAACUGAGGGACAACUGCCUGAUCGCAGGAACGCCCUCCGCCAGGCUCUGCUGGAAGCGCUAGACGAGCUCAUCCCAGAAAACACAAUUGCCUUUCUAGGAUCGUCUACUUAUCAAUCAGUCAUCGAAAUGAUCGAUAAUCCAGCUUUGCCCAUGUCUGAGCUGGCAAAGACUACUCUAGAACAGAGUAUUCGGUGGGCAAACAAAAAGGCUGACAUGGAGGCUACAAUUUCCUUCCUCACCUCUUUUUCACGUCAUCGUCUGGUUGACAUCAUCUACGGCAUGUCUUCGAGCGAUGACAUGCCUCUGCACAAGGCAUUUCGCCGCGCGAGAGCAACUCAUCUAAGGCAUCAUCCGCCGGCAGCCAAGGAGUACGAAGAGCCUGACUCCCUCUUUCAGGUAGGCAUCCUUAACGGUUAUGUCGCCACAUUGAGGAACGCUGUUAACAAUGAGUUGAGAGUGACCGGACACAACCUUGGAACUACUCACACCCGAUUCCCUCUUGUGAACCGUCAGAUCGAGGGGCAGUAUCAGACACCUCUCGUCAAAAUUGCAGAGCGAUUUUAUCGCGGCGGGAUCAAUGCUGAUGCUGCGUUACAGGCUUUCGAGUUUCUACUUGAUAGAGGGGCCAAGGUCAAUAUCUCCUCAGCCUCCGACUUGCCUGAGUGUUCGGUGUACUACGCUUCAUCAUCGAUGCUGCCAGUGAUCGACCACUUGACAGAGAUGAUGAAGUGGACCGAUAACAGGAAAAUCGUGGCGACGCUUUGCAAGAUGGCCGAGCUUGCGUGCCAAAAGGGGGCCAUUCUUGACCUGUGUCAAGAUCGUUUCAUGAUCAAGGGCAGCAAGUAUGGACUCAAGAUGCUGGCUCACAUUAGGAUGAAGCGCCCGGAUAAUCUCAUCGAGAUUGCCCUCCAACCCCAGUGUCCUCCAAACCUGCUCCGGCUGUUCCUAGAGCAGCAAGGAGACGAGCUUUUCCCCCUCUGCCAGACGGAUGGUAAAGUCAAGGUCGCGCGUCGCUUCAACCCCAACAUGCCGAGAGGCCAUCACCGAGCUGUUACUAACCUCGAAUGGGUCAUGACUUGUACCUACCAUGAACUCAUGGACCGAUCCGACGUUCGUGGCUACAAAUAUCGCGCCGAGCCUGGCGAUCUGUUUAUCCGAAAGGCCCAGAUGUUGAUGCACGCUGCCGUCGACGGGCCCACAUUGGAAGGGCUUCACAAACUCAUUCUUGGCGUCGAGAACAUCAAGAAGGAGCUCGAGGUGAAGCAUGAGAACUAUGAGGCCUUCAAAGCUCAUAGCUGGUAUGUGCUCUGUGAUUCCAUGUCGUACUUUGCCAACCAGCCUUCUCAAGAAGGGUACAUCGCAAAGCACGGAGAGCCUAGGCACAAGUUUAUCGUGGCCGACAGAUGGGACCCUCGCAAGGAAUGGAUCCGCAUGACACAAAUCGUCUCCGAGAUUGUCGAGGAGGAUGAGUGGGAAGAGUUUCUAGAAUUUUGGGAGCAACUGGUCGUCAGCCAAGGAGAAGGGCAGCGAUGGUACGAAGUGGAUGAGUCCAAGUGGUUCAUGUCCAUUGAGGAAGCCAAGGAGGCUUUUAAGACUGCUAAUCCUGAGAUGGCAUCUCAGCUACACAUGUUUUAG